AACACAGUCCGUGUCCUCCGUGUUUUUUGUGCGUUGAUUGGUGCACAGUCAAGAAGGACGAAAGUGAAACUACUUCCCUCUUCCCAUCGUACCGUUUUCGGUGCGUACAAACGCGAAGAGAUCGACGACAAAUCUUUGCCAUUCCUUCGCGUUGUGCGACUAACAUUCUCUGGCGGAUUUUCUCACUGCAUCCCUGCUCGAUUCCUGUUUUUCCUUAUCAUACCUGUAGUGGCGUCCAUUGUACAAUGAAAUUCUCGCACUCCGUUUUGUUGAGCUUUCUCGCGACGACGGUGUUAUCUGCGACGCCGUCCGGUGCCUUUGCGCCGCAUCAGUCCACGACCGUCAAGUCUUUAGCACGGAACAUGGUGGCUUCACUGGAACCCCAAGCUCCGCCGGCACGCGAAGCACCCGGCGCCGGAUAUUUGCCCGACUGGGAAGAUCGACCCGGCAAGACUCCAGCCGAGUUCAUGCAGUCCGAUCUCACCAAACCGGAUAGGAGCGCCAUGUGGGAAUGCCCUUUGACUCGAUGGAACUCGGAGGGUAUCGACAUUGAACAAGCGCAAAAGGAAGCGGCCAAAAUGCCGCACUGUCCGGCCGAAAUCCGUGCCUCGAACGCGGACAAUGUCAUGGGUCGAGACUACUUUGCCACUAACAAAGAGAAAAUUCGGGCCGAUUUGCUACAACACGGAGCUGUCUGGUUGCGGGGGUUUGACCUCAUGAAGGAUGUACAGGGGCACCGAGCCAUGUACGAAGCACUCGAGCUGGAGCCCUGUCUGGAUCCCUUGCACUCUUCCGGAUUGCGCAAAUUUGCCUCGGAACGGGAUGCCCUGUACGAAGAGGUCAAUAAACCGUCGUUGCGUGGACAUUACAUUGGCUUGCACUGCGAGUCGACAACGAAACGCACGGCGGCGUACGCCGCAUUUGUUUGCUUCCAAAAGGCCACCGAGGGCGGCGGCCGUUUUCUAGUGGCCGACGGUGCGGCCAUUUUAGCCGAACUCGACACAGCCUUGCUCAAAAAACUCUACGCACGCGAAAUCCGUAUUUCCGUCAGCAACCUGGACAUUCCUCCAGCAUUCCCGGGGUUCCUUAAGGAAGGUAUCAAAGGUUUAGUGGACGCCGCCGUAGCUCCCAAAUUCGAUAUGGACUUGGAAAUGAUGUACGAAGCUGACGGCAAACCCGGUCGUUUACAGGCCAUUGAAAUGGCGGAAUCGCCCAUUAAUCGCCACCCAGUAACGGGUUUGCCGGUCUGGUUCAACAACGCUCACAACCAUGCUCGCAAACUGCGCGACCGCCGUCCCUGCGGAGUUCCCGAAGUGGGCAUGACGGAAGUCUUUUACGCCGAUACCAUGGAACCGCUAAGUUUGGAGGAUUGUCAGGAAAUCAAGCGCGCCAGUGAAAAACACAUUACGGCCUUGAGUAUGGAGCCGGGUGACGUGUUGCUGGUGGACAAUUACCGUGCCUUGCACGGACGCGACGUCUUUCAGGGCGAUCGGUUCCACGCCGUGACCUGGUUCACGUGGGACGAAAACGAAGCCUGGCGUGGAGAAGAGCGUCGCCAAGUGGAAAAGAAUGGAUUGAACAAGGCGAUCAAUAGCAUGAUGGACUUUUUACCCAAGGACUUUGAGUCGAAUCAGAGCAGCAAGUAAGGAGCGCGGUACCAAGGAUUGACCAUUGAUUCGACCAAAAUCGCAGACACAGAGUUACUCUUCUGCAUUUUCUACACAUAUACUUUGAUUAGAAUUGGAUUUGCAACCUUGGUUGAGAAUGCCAGCUAGGUGAACCGAUUAGGCAAUAGCGGACUACCUAUUGU